GUCUACAACACCACACGAAAACCACCUUCCCUCUCGCCGCGAAUCUUUCAACCCAACCUUCAUCAUGGCUGACGUCGAAAUGGAAGUAGAUGUUGACGUUGACGCGCCCGUAUCCCCCGUCCAAAACAACCCCAAAAAUGCAUCCAUGGCUACCCAGACAGGCGCGACCGCCGUCCGCUCCAUCGAAGGCUGGAUUAUCAUUGUCACCAAUGUCCACGAAGAAGCAAGCGAGGAGGACCUGAAUGAUCUGUUUGCCGACUUUGGAGAAAUCAAGAAUCUGCACCUGAACCUGGACCGCCGAACUGGUUAUGUCAAGGUGGGAGAAGCUUAUCCGUAGAAGUCCUGGGAGAACGCUGCUAAUAUGUUGCUCAAUUAACAGGGCUACGCACUCAUUGAAUACCCAACACUCGAUGAAGCACGCGCUGCGAUUGACGGAGCAAAUGGAACCAAGCUACUUGACCAGACAAUCGAGGUAGACUUUGCCUUUGUACGACCACCGCCAGGAAAGGCCAAGGGAGGGCGAGCGCCUGCGAAGGGAAGAGCGAGAAGUCGGAGCCGUAGUCCAGCUGGCAGAGACGAAAUGGCGGAAUAG